UGGGGCACGCCCCAUAAGUUUGCCCCGAGGGGUGUGCCGUGUCCACGCCCGCCCGCCUGGCACGCACCUCACAGCUCCGUGCCGCCCCGUGUAGUUGCACCACCAGCCGCCAGGGCAACACCCCGCCUAUGGGCCUGGAUACCCGUGGGCGGCUCUCCUCACCCAGCGCCCGCCCGACUCCCUGCGCCCACCCAGCCUGCCUCCUCAACGCGCCCACUGCCCGCCGGCCGCCCACCAUGGUGAUGCUCGCCUGGACCGGCCGCCCUCGCCCACCCCACACCCACGCCCUCGGAGGUGGUGGUAGUCACAACGGCGACGGUGGUGGAGGCACGGAGGGCGGUGGUGGUGCCGAUGAGGAGGAGCUGGGGCCCUUCUGGGACAUCCUUGACAAUGAAAUCCGGCCCAUCAAACCUCUUCCUUCAUGCCCAGAGUCACAGAAAAUAUUCUCUGAACACAAAGAGAUGGCGCGGAAAUACUUGGUCUUACAGCAAGAGAUCUUCAACUUAAGAAAGCGCAAAAGUACUCUGGAGAAUAAACUGUCACAAGCUGAGAAAGUGGAGCAGUUGGGAAAUCAGCGAUAUCAAGACAAGAUCCGAGAGCUGGAGAGCAAGAGGGAAAGUUUACGUCAUACUCACAGCAGACUGAGACAACAGUUGGAACAAAUUCGUACCCGACAGGAAGAGCAGCAGAAACAACAGGAGCAACAGGAUGAUGGCAAUGAUGUGGGCCUUGACCACCAUCUCCCUCUAGCACCCCCAUAAUGCUACUCUUCUUCCAGAAAUAUCCAGGCUGUGAUCUGUGGGAAAACAGGACAGUGCAAGUUAAAUAGAUGCAUUAUGUGCACCUUAGAAUGAUUCCUCUUCUAAGAUAGAGAACUGUCUGAUCCUCAUGCAUUAUUGAUUAAUUUAAAAAAAGAAAAACAGUGCAGCAAGCCCAACAACGAAACUAGAAACAAGUGAUCUUUGUCAAAUCGUUUGGAGGAUUGACUGCUCUCCGAACUAAUAUUAGAAAUUAUUGAAUUAUGUUUUCAGAUUUACAUGUGUGCUGUUUUUAUUAGUACUGUAGGGGGAACUUAUAUUUGUGAAUUGCAAGCCAGUUGUUCUAGGUUAAUAUGUAAUUUGUUUUAGUCGUAUCUUGCACUUUUUUCAUGAUAUGGUUUACUGUUCCUUUAUUACAGGAUUAGCAAAAAGGCUUCUGUAAUAACAGAGAAUAUAAAGUUGCGCAUUUUGUAGUUGCAAGAAAUCCUAGUCUUGAAUUAUAUUGUGUUAACUAAUGUACAUACAGUAUAUGGCAAUAACAAAUUAUCAAUCCAAAAAUAAUUUUCUGUGAUCACAUGGUUGCAGUCAGGAACAUUUUGGUAAUCAUAGAUGUCAGGAGUCAAUUUCCAGAAUUUAGUUGUACUGUUGGAUUCAUUUCCUUGAGGAAGCUUGAUGUACAUGUCUAAAGAAACCACAUUGCAGUAUGUCAUCACUGAUGGUCCAUUAUUCCAUUCAACACGAUUAAAACUCUGGAUACAUUGUGCAUCAUUACCGGGUAGCUGAUACUUCACAAGUUGAAGUAUAGCAGUAAUGUUACGUGUGAAUGUUCAUUUGUAUGUGUUCAUGCAGCUCUUAUAUAUACAGUAAUUUACAAUUUUUUACAAUUGUAAUUGUAUGUUGAUGUAAUACUUAGAUGAUCUAAUAUAUAGCAGUACUGAUAUAUUUGUUGUAAUAUAUGUAAAUAUAAAUAUGUAUUUUAUAUGUUUAUUACAAGUAAAAGUGUUUAAACUUU